AUGUCCGGUGUAUUGCAGGAAAAUUUUAUACAAUCACUACCAUCGAACAGAUAUUAUAGACAAAAUAAUGAGUUAAAAGACAAUUACUGCUCAUGGUUUGAAGAGAAGAGUGAAUUUUCAGGAACAAGAUCUAAAUUAAGUAAUUAUGUAAAAGUUAAAAAUGUUGCAGAUAAGCUUACGAGGGCUUUAUGUAGUGUAGCUUUUACUAAUAAAGGAGAUGAAUGUAAAGAAAAAUGUCAUAAUUUGUACUAUUGGUUAGGUAAUGAAUUAUUAUUAAGUGAUAUAGAGGAAAAAUCAUUUUCAGAUGUUAUUGGAAUACUUGAGAAUUUUUCAAAUGUUCUCUAUGAGAGUGGUAAAUGCAAAUGUACCUUUUUUAAAAAUGUUACUAAGGAGAAUUUUGCAAAAAUGAAGAUUGUGUAUGAUUAUUGCAAAGAUUACGAGGAGAUUGAAAAAACUUUGGAACUACAUAAGAAAACAUGUGAUAGUAAAUUUAAUGAUUAUAUUGUUAAAGCUAAUAGUGCUUAUAAUGAAAUAUAUAAUUGUACAGAAAAAUAUUCUGAUACGUAUUGUAUGCAACUUAAAACACAUGUUCCUAGUUGCUUUGUAAAAAAGUUAUCUGCUUUGAAGUGUACAAUAAAUGAUCUUACCGCAGAUGAACAAGGUUCAAGUUAUUAUGAUACUACUCAUAUUGAUCAAGAAUAUGUAAUUAAUCCAUCUGCCUUUAGUUCAUCUCAAAUUUUCCUUUUCUUUGUUCUACCUUUUAUUGGCAUUUUCUUCAUUGGCUUCCUACUAUAUAAAUUUACUCCAAUUGUAUCAUGGAUACAUACUAAAGUAUUAAAGAAAAAAUCAAUUAGACGUAAUUUGGAUGAAAUGGAUAUACUAGAAUUAACAGAAUACACGAAUGAACAAAGAAAAUCAAAUUUAGGUAGAAAACAACUAAAUGUAGCAUAUCAUGCCGCUUGA